GACAUAUAGCUAAGAUAAGAGAACUUUCAGUUGUUUCUGUUACUUGAGGAACCCUUUCCUUAAUUUGGAGAUGGAGUUAGCAGUGCACGCUUUGUCAUUCACCUCCUUCUCCAAGAACAGGGAGUCCAAGCUUCAAGGUCGUACUAUACCAGAUCCCGCUAGUUGUUCUUCAAUUGAUGUGAAAUUACAAGAACAAGGGAGAAAAACAUCCACAGUAUGCUAUUCUCUACCAGAGACAGCUGCCUCUGUGGCAAUUGCUGCUACAGCUGUGGGUGCUGCAAUUACCCUUCUAGUGAGAAGAAACAAAGCAUCCGAGGCAGAUGAGAUUCCACUCAAAACAUGUGAAGAUUGUGGUGGUUCUGGUAUAUGUUCUGAAUGCAGUGGUGAAGGGUUUGUUCUUAAGAAACUGUCAGAAGAGAGUGCUGAGAGAGCAAGAUUGAGUGCAAAGAACAUGGCCACUCGAUACACAGCAGGGCUUCCAAAGAAGUGGAGCUACUGUACGAAGUGCUCCUCUGCCCGAUCUUGUAGUGCUUGCGGUGGCAGUGGAAAGUUGAACUAUUAAUUUCAUGCUACAUCUCUUUGCUUCUAAUUAAUAUUGGUAAUCUAAGCUGCUUCAAUGCCUAAUUCUGAAAGAAUACAAGGAACUCACGGUCAAUGAAAUUGGAAGUGAGUUCAUUUUUUUCCCCUGUACAAUCCACCUUGCGAGUAAUGUGUGUAUCUUAGUGUCGAUUCCACCUUUCUCAUUGGGAUUUUGCACAAGUAUGAUCUGUUAUGUAUUGAACCAAUCAGUGAUCAAUAUUUUUUAUGUAGUAAUAUUUUUCCUUGCUAA